AUGCCAAACGCGCCGUUUGUUGCAGAGAAAGAACGCGAGGAAGGAUUUACACACGUUCUGCUCAUCACAACAGGCAGCGUGGCCUCGGUCAAAGCUCCCUUGAUCGUUCGGGAGCUCCUUACUUACAAGCGGAUCAAGAUCACAGUCGUGGCGACCAAGGCUUCGCUAGCUUUCUACUCCAAGAGUGAUAUUGAACAAGCUGGCGUCAGUGUUUGGGUGGACGCCGAUGAAUGGUCGCCUGGGUACAAAAUAGGCGACCCGAUUCUUCACAUUGAACUGAGACGAUGGGCCGACGUCGUCCUAAUCGCCCCAUGCUCGGCGAAUACUCUGGCAAAGAUUGCCUCUGGCAUGUGCGACAAUUUAGCGACAUCAUUGCUUCGAGCUCUUUCACCAACCACACCGACCUACGUAUUUCCUGCGAUGAACACACUGAUGUAUGAACACCCUUUGACUGCAGAACAUCUGCGAAUCGUUCGGGAGGUAAUACGCUAUAAUGUCGUCGGCCCCAUUGGUAAAGCAUUGGCGUGCGGUGACAUAGGCAUCGGCGCGAUGACGGAAUGGAGCGAUAUCGUACAAAUAGUAGUCGAUCGCUUUCAGCUAGAACGGAAGGAAUGA